AUGUCCGAACAAGUAAGUUUUCUCUUGUUAAAUUUAUGUUCUUACUUUAGGCAGUUGCUGAGAAGAAUCUUGGAAAUGAAUGUUAUAAGAAGAAGGAUUUCGCCGGAGCUCACCAGCACUAUGACAAGGCUAUCGAGCUCGACCCGGAGAAUAUGACGUUUUACAACAACAAAGCCGGUGAGUUUUUACCUUGUUUUAGGUUUAUUAGACUCGGUUUGCCUUUGUGGCUUUAUGAUAAUCGCAAGGCACUUAUUUGUACCUGGAACUAGUCGUAUUAGAUGAAAGAUUGCUUUUCUCACGUUUUGUAAUGUUUUUCACCGAGAAAUUAAAUUUUGUCAAGAUCUAUUUUGAUAUUAUUUUAGCUGCCUAUUUCGAGGAAGGGAAGUUUGAAGAAUGCAUCAAGACCUGUGAGAAGGGCGUAGAAGUUGGUAGAGAACAUCGUGCCGACUUUGCAACUAUUGCUAAAGGCUUUGCUCGAAUUGGAAACGCGUAUCUCAAGCUCGGCGACAAAAAACAAGCUCUCUUCUAUUUCGGAAAGUCCUUGUCCGAGCACAGAGAUCCCGACUUGGUCAAGAAGCACAAGAACCUCGAGGCGGAAAUCAAAGAGGAAGAAAGGAAAGGAUAUAUUAACCCAGAGAUCAGUGAGGAAGAAAAGACCAAGGGAAAUGAAGCUUUCAAGAAGGGUAAGAUAAUUUUUUGUUUUUUUCGGAGUUUAGAUCGAGGAAGCCCGAUUGCUGAAGCUUGAUAAUGAUGAAUACCAUCUUUUAAGGUGACUAUCCAACUGCCAUCAAGCACUACAAUGAGGCUAUCAAGAGAAAUCCGGAUAACCCGGUGCUCUACUCAAAUCGCGCCGCCUGUUACUCAAAGUUGAUGGAGUUCCACCGAGCCGUCGAGGAUUGUGAGCACUGUCUAAAACUUGAUCCUAAAUUCAGUAAGUUUUCGACAAAGUGGUUGUAUCUGUUUGCUAUACUGCUUUAGACAUUAAUUGAACAAUAUUGUUUUAGUCAAAGGAUAUCUCCGAAAAGCCGCUGCCCUUGUUGGUCUCCGUGAAUUCAGUCGUGCUCAAAAGACCUACGAAGUCGCUCUAACGAUUGAUCCGAGCAAUGCCGAGGCUCGCGAGGGAUUGAUUAACUGUGCCCGGAACAGCGAUGAAACCCCUGAAAAGGCCAGAGCCGCGGCUUUGCAAGAUCCCGAAGUCCAGGAGAUCCUGAAAGACCCCUCGAUGCGUAUGAUUCUCGAGCAAAUGUCCACGGAUCCAGGAGCAGCACAAGAGCAUUUGAAAAAUCCCGAAGUCUUCCAGAAAAUUAUGAAAUUGCGGGAAGCCGGGAUUAUCCAAGUCCGUUAA